GUUCGGCACCUGUCCGGACCCUAGGAAAGGCUUAGGAAACUAAGCCUUUUUUACUCCGGUUUUACGGGAAAGGAAACAGGCUCAAGACGUUUUAGUAACUUGCCCAAGGUCACCUAGUCAGCAAGUGGUAGGGCCCAGGCCUGGCCAACACACCCCCUACCCCCGCUACCAGCACAUUCUAGAAGGUUCUGCCUCAGCUUAAAUGGGGUGCAUGCUGUGAGGGCUGUCCCAGGUUUUUCCAGCCCAGCUUAUCUUUCCCUCCUCUGGGAGUCCCCUCACCCAUGUCUGGCACUCUCUCCCUAAUACCCUCUGGGGGCAGCUAAGGGCCUGAGUCCCUCUGGGCAUGAGCCCCUGACUCAAGCCCAUCAGACAGAAAUAAGGAGCUCAGGGAGCACCAGCUUCAUGGAUAAACGAUUGAAGGAAUGAAAGUCCGGCUCUGUCUUUCAGGUCUGAUCUCAGAGCUGAAGCUGGCUGUGCCCUGGGGCCACAUCGCAGCCAAAGCCUGGGGCAACCUGAAGGGCUCCCCAGUUCUCUGCCUGCACGGCUGGUUGGACAAUGCCAACUCCUUCGACACACUCAUCCCUCUUCUCCCGCAAGACUUGUAUUACGUUGCCAUGGAUUUUGGGGGUCAUGGGCUCUCAUCCCAUUACAGCCCAGGUGUCCCAUAUUACUUCCAGAACUUUGUGAAUGAGAUCCGAAGGGUUGUGGCAGCCUUGAAAUGGAAUCGAUUCUCCAUCAUGGGCCACAGCUUCGGUGGCGCCGUGGCUGGGAUGUUUUCCUGUACCUUCCCCGAGAUGGUAGAUAAACUCAUCUUGCUGGACGUGUCACCAUUUGUCCUGGACUUUCAUGAAGUGGAGAAUUUGCUGACCUACAAGCGGAGAGCCAUAGAGCACAUGCUGCAGGUAGAGGCCUCCCAGAAGCCCUUGCACGUGGCCAGCCCGGAGGAGAUGCUGCAGAGGUUCCUGAAGAACCAUAGCCACGUGAGUGAGAAGUGUGGGGAGCUCCUCCUGCAAAGAGGAACCACGAAGAUGCCCACAGGUCUGGUGUUGAACAGAGAUAGGAGGAUGACCUUGCCAGAGCUCAGCUUUGACUUCAUCAGCGAGAAGUGGUUUGUGCACUUCAUCAGGAAGCUGCAGGCCCAAGUCCUGCUCGUCAAAGCAAUCCACGGAUAUUUCGAUGUGAGAAGGGAGAAUGACGCUAACAAGGAGCCCUUCUUGUACAUGAUACGCAUACUGAAAUCCACCCUCAAAGAGCGGUUCCAGUUUGUGGAAGUCCCAGGCACUCACUAUGUCCACAUGAACGAACCCCAGCUUGUGGCCGGUAUCAUCAGCUCCUUCCUACAGAGCAAACCCAGGCUCCCAAACCAGCUAUAGCUCUGGGCUUGGAGCUAUGAAGACCUCGUGCUCCCAGCCUCGGCACUGAGACUCUGAGUUCCCGAGCCCUGCAAGCAGGCCAGGCAUGGUGGGGAAAGGCUCACUGGUCUGGAAGCCCAGCCUAGGAUGGUAGAUUCAGGGGGAAGGGAGCAAGAUUCCAACUUGAACAUCUGUGACCUCAAGAGGGAGACAAUCUCCAGCCAGCUGGAGGGAGGAAGGGCAGGGUAGGCCCACCUAGGCCUUUCCUUGUGGCCCAACUGGAUGGAAAAUACGAGAUGUGCUGGUAUUCUCA